CCGCUGUGUAGAUCCGCUCGGCGCUCAUCUAGCAGCUCUUAUUUCUGUGCGGGGCUGUUCUGUUCUCAGCAGCGUUUCUGCUCUGUCUACAUAUCCAGCUGCUUCAGCAACCGGACUCACUAUUUUUUUGGCUUCACCCUCCGCUGGCCAAAUCCACUCCGAUUAAUAUCGAGCGCUGCUCGGUUCAAGGGGGAUAAAGACCGAGUUUCAACUCCGGUGGAUCUGAGUGGAUCCGCCGCUUCAGCGAAAUAAGAGAUUUGUUUGUUUCUUUAACCGACGGCUUUUUCGGCUGCGUCGGUGCUUAAUUAAACUGUGGCAUUUAAAAAAAAUAUAUAUUUUAUAAAUCACCUAUUUAUCAACAGUGGUCGAGUCGAGCUUUGAAGGGGCAACACAAGGCGAGAGAGAGGGGUUUUUUAUCCAGACGCCUCCCUCUCUUUCUGUGUAUAUAACGUUAUUAAUUUACAGACGCUGAAUCGACGCUGCCGCCGCGGAAAGCUCGCAGCGGCGAUGAAUCAUUUUAACUGACAGCUUUUGAAGAAUUAGCCAGCUUAGCCAGAGACACGAACUGGAAACCGAUGGUGGUUUUCUGCUCACAUACGCAGUAAAAUACCAGGUUCGGGGAGCAGGCGCGGCUACAGCUGAUAACACUACCGACGACUCUGUUUUGUUUUUGGGUUUUUUUUUUCCUCACUAAAGGCUGCAAAGUGCAACACUUGCCGUUCGGCUCGAAAGCUUGUUUUUGUCAAAAGGGGGACCGCUAGCUACCGUUAGCUAGUCGCUCUGCUAACCCUGGACAGCUCCCGAGAAAGGCUGAGCUAGCUUCGGACAAAGGAGCAACGCAGCGGGGAAAUUUUAUAAACACCGGGCACACAAGUCGUGUUCUGGAGCGACAAACGAGGACCUGACAUGAUGUUUCCACAAUCAAGACACUCAGCCUCAUCGCAGCAGCUGAAAUUUACGACCUCUGACUCCUGUGACAGGAUCAAGGAUGAGUUCCAGUUUCUUCAAGCACAAUAUCACAGUUUGAAGCUUGAAUGUGACAAGUUAGCGAGUGAGAAGUCAGAGAUGCAGCGCCAUUAUAUUAUGUACUACGAGAUGUCCUACGGGCUGAACAUCGAGAUGCACAAACAGGCUGAAAUAGUGAAGAGACUGAACGGGAUCUGCGCACAAGUCCUCCCCUACCUGUCUCAGGAGCACCAGCAGCAGGUCCUGGCAGCCAUAGAGAGGGCCAAGCAGGUCACCCCUCCAGAGAUGAACUCCAUCAUCAGGCAGCAGCUCCAGGCUCACCAGCUGUCCCAGCUUCAGGGCCUGGCCUUGCCCAUGACCCCGCUGCCUCUGGGUCUGAGCCAGCCAACCCUGCCAGCCGUCACCACUUCCUCCGGUCUCUUCUCGCUGUCUUCUCUGCUGGCCUCCCAGGCCCAGCUGGCCAAGGAGGAGAAGGCUUCUCGUGACGGCGUGGACAGCCACCGUGAGGAGGACGGAGACAAGUCUGACUAGGUCUCGUCUCCAUGCGGCUCUUUUAUCAUAGAGACAUUAAUUCCCAGAUCUGUCCCUGCAGCCUCGCCCGUGGUUGUCCCCUUUUUGACCUUACUCAACAUGGGGUUUCUUUCUUCAACGCAGCUUCAGCUUUAGACCCCUAACCUAUCCCCUUCUGGGAAAAGCUUUGGCACUCAUAUUACAGUAACUAAAUUAAAAUAGUAGAUUUUUUAUGUCUUCUGUUUUGGUUUAAGAUGGACUUUUUCCUGUUCACUUUAGGGAUAGCUUUUUUUUUCUUUCUUUUUUUCUGAUUCAUCGUCUUUAUACUUUAGUUUCUGCAUUCUUCUUUAGUCCAGGUUAUUUUCCUCCCACUCUGCUCCUCCUCUAGUUUGGCAGGACUGAUCCGUCAGACUGCAUAAAUCCCUCAGCUGGUGUUGAAACAAGCAAGCUGUUUAACAAAGAGAUCUAUUACAAACAUUAACACAGGUUCCUUCCAAAAUCCAGUCACUUAAAAUAAGGUCCAAGUCUUUUGCAAAAUGUAACAUUCAUCUGAUGUUGGGGGGGAAACAAGCCCCUUAUUUCAAUUAUCUUAGUUGUUUCAUUUUGUUGACAUUAUGAGGGGUGGUGCUUUGCAAAAAUAUUGAAAUCUCUUAAACUUUUUUUUACAUUUUCUCAUGUUACAGCCCCAGCCAUCAAUGCCUCAAAAUUAGUCCAUAGUUGUGAAGUGGAAAUAAAAUGACACAUGGCUUUUUUUUUCUUUUUUUUAUCUGAAAAGUAUGGUGUGCAUUUGUUUUCAGACCCCUCGUCUCUAAUGCCUCUACACAUUAUGUAAUGUAACUAUUUGUACCUUCAGAAGCCACCUGAUCAGUGAACAGAGUGCACCUGUAGGUCAUUUAAUCUCUUUUAAAACAGAACAUUAGUGAACAUAUAGCACCAUGAAGACCAAUGAACACAGUAGACGGGUCAGGGAGAAAGAUGUAGGGAAGUUUAACUUUCAGUCUGAAUUUAUCUCAUUUAUGUAAAAUAAUAUUUUUUUUUCUCCCAGGCGUAUGUGAAAUUGACUAAAAUGUGUCAUGAAUAUAUUACAUAUUAUUAUUAUAUGAUUAUUCUUUAUGCAUUGCCUCAACCUGCGGAAUGGUGUCAAAUUGUCUCUAAUGUGGUCCUUACUAUAUUUAUCUAAUAAAUAUCAGCUGGGAGUAAUUAGAAACAUAGACCAUCUUGGCAACAUUAACACCAGAACUGAAUUAAGGCAAAUUAAACUUAAUAGUUUACAUGGGAAUAAAACAAGGUUAGAUUAUAAAAACAGUUGGUUUUUUUCACUUAUGGGAAAAUGUCUCGUUAUAAGGGGAAAAAAACAACUAGUAUUUACUUAAGACAAAACUAACUGUUUAGCAAGAUGUAGAAGUUUGUUUUAUUUCAAGCGUACAAAAAUAUUUCUACUAGGAAGUAGACAAAAAUACGUUGUGAGAUUUUGUGUUUCUUCGGUUACAUGAUUAAUGUUGAGCUGUUUUGCAAAGAAAAAUGGGCAUGGUAAUUCUCUCCACAUGUGCAAAGCUGGUAGAGAUGAAUCCCAAAAGACUUGCAGACGUAAUGGUAGUAAAAUCUGUUUCUAUGAAGUAUUAAUUCAAGGUGAUUGAAGGCAAAUGCACAACUCACAAUUUAGGAUAUGUAAAAAAACAAAAAAAACAAACUGUGCAUCCUUUUCCUUGCACAUAAAGAUUUGGCUAUGAAAAACAUUUUAAGGAGUAUUGAUACCUUGGUAAGACUCUAUACAUUAGAUUACCCACCCAGUACCUUAACCAAGAGGCAUCAUCAACCAGAGCUGUGGUAACUUAAACUGCAACCGAAACAACUGAAACCACCUCAAUUCUCUGCUCCUCUGUCAGCUUUUUUUCAUAUUUAAUGUGCACUUAUAUUGGAGCAGACACUAAGGGGAGGGAGUGUGGUGUGUGUUUGACAGCAGAGGGCAGCGCACGCCUUUGAACAAUCCUCCUAUGAACCAAGGACAAGACAACAGCAGCAUACAGGCCAAGUCUGAUAGGGAAUAGUUUAUUUAUUAGCUCUGAGCAUCCAGUUCAUGUACUUAUUGUACAUGUUGCUCUCUAAAUGAUCUAAUUAUGAAAACAGAGUCGUAAAUAAUCUGUUCUCUCAGAUUAAACCUCAAGGUGAAAGGAUGUUCAUGAGCUCUAAAACAAAAAGCUAUGGUAUGUUUACUGCCUGCCACGUAAUGCAAGCGAGUGGCAACUUAACAUCAUUGUUCAGUACAAAGUGUCGCAUAGUGAGGAGAUAUUUUGUUGCAAUUUACUGAUCACCUUAAUACCCUUAGCACAAAAAACGGUAAAGUAACAGUCAGACUAAAAAAAAUAUAAAGGCCAUAAUAAAUUAUUUCAGAACGUUUUACUGCCGUUGUGAGAAACAUCUUGUACGGUUCAACGUAAAAGCAAACCCACAUGUUUUAAAUUGCAGGUGCGUUCUCUAAGAUACAAAAGCAUGGUUGAGUAAGUGUGCACCUUUUGCUGAAGCAUCGGUUGGAUCCAGCUUAGCAAUGUGUCUUUGGCAGGAGUCUUUCAACAGGCCAGAUUCUAACUUAGCAAGAGUUUCCUCCACCUUGCAAAACUCUUCUAUACGAUUCUUUGAGAAGUUCUUUUCCACAGCCGUCUUCAGGUUACCCUUAAGAUUUUUUUUUUUUGCCUGAUUUAGUUUCAGAUGCUGUCUAGUUUAUUCAAAAACAUGUUUUCUUGUGGUGAAGUCCUUGUCUUGGUAAUUUAGAUGUAAGCUCUUUCUCAGUGAUAUUUUAUCUUCAGCCUUCAGGCCGAUGUUGGAAGGCUUUGGCUCAAAGCUGAGUGGUAUUUUUAACUGUUCAAAAUUUCAUAUGCCUUGACAAAUCUAGUCAGAAGAAAGGUGAACCAGAGCAUGAGGCACCAUGGUUCACUGUUGACACAGUGAUCUUUUGGUGAUGCACAGUUUUGGGGUAUUUUGCCAAAAUGGAGUUGUGGCCCAGAAAUUUUGUUCUACCAGACUCUUUUGGUUUUGCAGACAAAAUCCCAGUAGAUUUUGGGAGAUUUCAUCCAGACUUGGAUGUUUUUCUUUGUUCUGGCUUGCAACCCGUCUUCUUAGUUACCUAAAGCACAACAGAUAUUUACUGAAGUUCCUGUAGCUUAACUGGUGUUACUGACCCGGUCCCUGGCCAGUUUCAAAACACACAACUAACUUUUUAGAAAUGUAAGCAGCAUAUUUUCUAAAGUCUUCAUCAGACCUAGGUGCAUUUGUCAUUCGUUUGGGUUUUUUUUUUUUUGCAUUCUUCUCCUGACUGAUACCUUUAUUGAAUUGCACAUUUUUGAUUCUCUGUAUCUGUGCUGAAAAUAGCAGCUUUAGCUUGAGGACUCAAACUAGCAGAAUAUUCCAAUGAAACCUUUUUUGGUGUAAACAAAUCGACUGUAAUUUAUGAUGGCUGUGUAUUGGUUUAAGGGUCUGCACAUCUGGACAAGCAGUUUAUUUUUUAGUUUGAGUUUUAUUCUGGAAAAAAGGCAUUUUUCAGUUGAAUUGGAUAUGAUAUAUGUUGCAUUAAAACAUUUUUAAAUGAUUUAUGCUGUCAUGUUGUUUUACAUCCCAAAAAAAACAGAUUUUUGGCAAAGCGUAGACUUUUGAUAUUUGCCGUAUGCUCGUCCUUUUUUUUUUAAAACCUCUUUUAUAUAGGGUCAUUUGAAUGCAGUGUUGGUGUUACAACCCAAGUAUAUAUGCCGAGUGAAUUCACACUCACUUGAGAAAAGUCUAAUCAGGAAACAAUAGUGUGUGCAUAAAUUGUUGCUGUGUAAGGUUGUUGCACUUAACCCCAGGACACAGUUAUAAAUAUUGGCUUUCCCAGGAGGUUUUAAGAGUUAAACUCAAACACUUCAUACACAUCUGAAUUUUCAGAAAGGUUUGGCUCAGUGGUAGCUGGACCCCAGAAAUAAGGACCUCAGUUGUAACAACUGAAAAUGUAGUUGAACUUUGCAGAAACACACACACUUCCCUUUGUUCUAGUAGCUGAAUGACUUGACCAGUCACUGUCUUUACAGAAGCCACAAUAUGGUUUCUGGUAAGAUUACUGAACGCAUUUUCCACAAAAAUGGAGAAUCAUUUGGACAUUUCAUCCAGUAGAAAGGGUGACAAUUGACUUAUUUGAAAAUCACAUUGGAUUUUCAAACAAGCCCAACAAAGUCUGAAUGUCUCCAAAGGUAAACCUUUUCUUUAAUUAAGCCUGCAGUUGUAUAUCUAUAGCACAUUGUGUAUAAACAGGUGUACAGAUCUAGUAGUCAGUGAUAAACCAAUCGAAACUUCUUCACACGCUUGUGAAAUAAGCUUGCAGCAAGUGCUCACAUGUUGCUUGUAUCUUGCUACAUCCUUCACUUGUCAUAGUGAUGCCCAGAUGUGUAGACGGAAAGCGAAACACAUCAAUGCAUGUCUGCAGGGAACAGAUUGAUUUUGUUCUAUUGGAGAGACUUUUUUUUAAAAGAAAUUUUGUGAUCAAUGCACUUGAUUUCCCUCCUCCCCAUUUAUUUCAAACUGUACUCAAUAUAACCUAGAAGGAGAACUUCAAAGCCUGUGUUAUAAUUAAAUGAAAUUCUAUGUAUAUGUUCAAGUAGUCGGAGGUGCUUGCCUCUCUAUACAGUUAUACAUAGAAAGCUUUAUGUGUAUAUGGCUGCAUCUUCUCUCGUCUGUCCUGAAUGAUUCUUGUGGUGUUGUUACAAAAACCGAUGUGACACCUGAGGGGGAAAAAAACUGCAGUACAUUCACCUUUUUUACCCUUUGAGCCCCCAUCCCCAUCUUCUUUUUUCAUUCUCAGUCUCCCCUUUUUUCCUCCCUGACUUUCUUGCCCUUAUAGAGUGAAACAUUGUAAGCAUUUUGAGCUUUGUAAAGGUCUUUUUUUUUAAAUACUUAUUUUGUGUAUAAUAUAAAACAAAAAAGUGUGUACUUUGACAGAAAACAACGUGUGUAUGAAACCAUAGCUUCAUUUAAGCCAAAAAAAAAAAGGAAAAAAAAAAAAGUGCAACAAAAAUUUAC